AUGUCAGAUAUAGCUGCAAUUGACCAAUUGAUCGACGAAUGGCUUGCAGUUGAUAUAAAUCCAGAAUCAAGAGAUGAAAUUAUCCAAUUACAAUUGAAAAAUGAUUAUAAAACUCUUGAACGAAAAUUAUCCAAUCGAAUUGCAUUUGGAACAGCUGGGUUAAGGUCAUCAAUGGAAGCAGGGUUUGCUCAUAUGAAUGAUGUCACGGUAUUACAAGCUGCUCAAGGUUUGAUUCAAUAUUUGAUAGAUAACAUCAAAGGGGAAAAUUUAUCAAUAGUUGUCGGUUAUGAUCAUCGGUUUAAUUCUCAAAGAUAUGCUGAACUUACAGCUAGUGUUGCAAUUUCUAAAAAUGUUAAAGUAUACUAUUUGGGAUCAAUUGAUAAUUUAUCCCAAGAAUCGAUAAAGUUGUCAUCAUCAGCAUAUGAAAAUAACAGUGCAGCUGAUCGUGGUUAUGUUCAUACUCCAUUGGUUCCAUUUGCCAUUGAUACUUUCAAAGCAUCUGCUGGUGUGAUGGUAACUGCAUCUCAUAAUCCCGCAAGAGAUAAUGGUUAUAAAGUUUAUUACAGUAAUGGUUGUCAAAUAAUUCCUCCUAUUGAUUCCGGGAUUGCUAGUAGUAUAGAAAACAAUUUAAAACCUUGGAUAAAAGAUAAUGUUUGGGAUGUUACUGGUAAUUUUAAAAUUGGAAUUAAGAAUGGAUUAUUAUCAAGUUAUAAAAAAGAAUUACAAACAAAAUAUAUCGAUACUAUUAAGGACCGUCUUAUAACUCAACCAAAAUUAAAUUUUGAAUUUGUCUAUACUCCAAUGCAUGGAAUUGGAUUAGAAAUAUUUGAAAAAGCCAUUGUUAAUUACGAAAAUCCAAAGUAUCAAACAGUUAAAGAACAAGCUCAACCUGAUCCUACCUUCCGUACUGUGAAAUUCCCAAAUCCUGAAGAAAAGGGUGCAUUAGAUUUAGCUAUUCAAACCGCCGACGAGAAUAAUUAUCCAUUAGUUAUUGCCAAUGAUCCGGAUGCUGAUCGUUUUAGUGCAGCAUUCAAGACUAGAUCAUCUUCUUGGAGACAAUUAACUGGAAAUGAAAUUGGAUUUUUAUUUGCAUUAUACUAUGUGGAAGAAAUCAUUCCUAAACAUGCCAAAUUUGAAAAUACCUACUUUUUAAAUUCAACCGUUUCAUCCCAAAUUUUAAGUUCGAUGGCAGAAAAACAUGGUUUUCAUUUCCAAGAUACUCUUACUGGAUUUAAAUGGAUAGGAAACAAAGCUAUUGAUUUAAAGAAAGAAGGGUAUUAUGUUCCAUUUGGUUAUGAAGAAGCUAUAGGAUUCAUGUUUGAUAUUGUCAAUGAUAAAGAUGGGAUAUCCAGUGCCAUUGUAUUUUUACAACUUUAUAAGGAAUGGUUUGCAAAUGGAACCAAUGAUAUUGAAACUAAAUUGGAACAAGGAUAUAAAAAAUAUGGAUGGUUUAAAGAAUGUAAUGGUUAUUAUAAACUUAAAGAUUUAGGUAAAACCAAAGAAAUCUUUGAAGGUAUUAGAAAGUCAAUUUUACCUCAAUCUUUCCCAGGAACGAUUGGAGAUUUCGAAGUUAAAGCAUGGAGAGAUUUAACCAUUGGAUUUGAUUCUACUACAAUAGAUAAUGUACCAUUGUUACCGAUUGAUCCCACUUCGCAAAUGAUAACAGCUAUAUUGCAAUUACCAUCAAGUGAAGAUCAAGUUAGAUUCACAUGUCGUGGAUCAGGUACUGAACCUAAAUUAAAAGUUUACAUUGAAGGUAAAUCAAAUAUAUCUGAGAUCAAUGCGGUUACCUUAGCUAGAAAAUGUUGGGAUACAUUAAAGACAGAAUGGUUUAAACCAGAUAUUAAUGAUUUAGAAGAGAAUGUUUAA